UUCAUCAUCAAACCCUUCACACUCCAAAAUAAUAGAGUUCACAAUUGUUGAAUUUCGUUUGUUAUGGAAGAUACACAACCAAAUAAGCAAGACAACAACGGAGACUUAUUCGAUGAUGCGGCGGACGAAUUCCCCUUCGAUGAUUGCAGCGACAUAUUUUCCGACGCCGAAACCGGCGGAUCGGAGGAUGACGUAAACCUCAAUCAAUCCGCGGAAAAUGAAAAUUUCCCGUCGUCUUCUCUCCGGCACCGGCGACCUUUUUCUUUCAAUGAUUCUGGAAACGAGUCGACUAAUUUUCGACCUUCUAUAAGUUCCGAGAUUUAUUCGAAUUCGAGAGAGCGAAAGAUAAGGUUCUCAAGGAAAUUGAUGGCAGAAGAUAAGGAUAAGAAUGGAAGUUUGGAUAAUAUAGAAAGUUCGAACUCAAUGCAGCUUGAUUUGAGCACAAAAAGUCAAAAAGGUAUAGGUGAUGAACAAAAUAAGGAGAUUCCAACAGGUAUGAAUGAAAAUAGUGUAAUAAUAGAUAAUUCGAAUGAUGCUUCUUCACUGCUGAAAGAGGAUUCUGUAAUUACUCAUGUAAACAAUGACGAAAUCAAUAAUUCGGAGGAAGUUAAUUCGCAUUUGAGAGAAAUUGAUGAUUCAAGUUCGAAUAUAUUGUUUGAUUUAGCGAAUUUAGUUAUAAAAUCUGUUGGAUUUCAAGUGAAUAUGUUGAUAACUAUUGUGAGUUUGAUGAUAAAGUUGUUUACAUUUCCUGUAUGGAUAAUUUAUAGCUCUUAUAUGUUUGUGAUGGAUCCAUUUCAAAUAAUGAGGCGUGUGAAACGAUAUGUAAUACACAGGUUUAUGAGGAGUUUUGGGUUUGUGUUUGAGAGUAUGUUGAAAUUUGUAUCUGGAUGGUUGAAGGAGCAGAGUUCAGUAUGGAGGUUGGGGCUACAAUUUGGAUGGGGAUGUUUGUGGUCUGUGUAUGUUUGUUUUGUUUUGGUUGGAUUGCUGGUAUCAGCUUUUAUAAUGGGUGGCAUCUUGAUAAGAAUUAUGGUGGAAGAGCCAAUCAGGAUGAACGAGCCUUUGAAUUUUGAUUAUACAGCAAAGAGCCCAGUUGCAUAUGUGCCGAUAAUAAGGAGUCCAGGUGUGACCUGUGGUGUAGAUAGUCAAGUGGAUGUUGGAAUGGUUGAUGGGGUGCGAGUUAUCCCACCUAAUCAUAAGUUGCAGGUUACUGUUUCACUAAUGUUGCCCGAGUCAGAUUAUAACAGAAAUUUGGGCAUUUUUCAGGUGCGGGUGGAUUUCCUCACUUCUAAUGGUAAAGUGCUAUCUAGCGCCAGACGACCUUGUAUGUUGCAAUUCAAAAGCAAUCCUAUACGCCUUUUUUCUACUUUCCUUAAAGCUGCCCCCCUUGUCACUGGAUAUACAUCAGAAUCCCAAAAGUUAAAGGUAGACUUAAAGGGCUUCUCUGAAGGUUUCAUUCCAACUGCAUGCUUGAGGGUGAUCAUUGAGCAACGAGCUGAAUUCCACCCUGGAGGUGGAGUUCCCGAAAUAUAUGCUGCCUCUUUAACACUGGAGUCUGAACUUCCUUUUAUGAAAAGAAUGCUAUGGUAUUGGAAGACAACAUUAUUUGUGUGGGUUAGCAUGACAUUGUUUACAAUGGAAUUCCUUUUCGCUCUUCUUUGCUGCAAACCUCUUAUCAUUCCAAGAUUACGAUUGAGGCAUGAUCCGAACAGUCGUACAAGUUCACCGAACAAUGCACCUAUUGGAAGGUAGUAAAAGCUUAUGUUUUGAUCUCUUGAAUCAUGCUGCCAUUUCUUUUUUGUUUGUACAUAACAAGUAAUUGUCGGUUUAUUCUUUUUCCCCAAGUGUAACUUAUUUUAACAUGUAUGCAUAGUGAAUGUUUUUAUUUUUUUUCU